AAAAGAGAACUUUUAACGGUGUGCUUUACGAGUUACUGGUUUGUGAAGUCAAUGGAAGUUUGUCGACCUAUAGCGGUAUGCCUGGAUCGACAGUGGCAUCGUAACUUACUUCACGUACUUAGCAGCAAAAUGUCUUAAUGAGUACAAGACAGUGAUUGUCUAUUGCGAAAUGUGUUUAAUAUGCUUGGGAAGCCAACACCUCUAAAGUUAAUACCACAUUAUUCCAAGUUCAGGUGUCAAACAAGUAGCUACUGUUUUUUUUUUUUUUUAAUCCUUCUUACCUCUUUCGAGCUAUAUCUUUGAACCUUUCUCUCUUUCUCAAUUAUGGAGACCAUGGCACAUGGGGAGUCAUCCUUGACUGUGCCUCUCAUUGAGGAUGAGAAUAAAGAAGGGUUGGGAAACAAACUAGAGGAAGUAGAGUCAAAUUCUGCUCAUUCCGGUGCAAGUACUGCCUCUGUUCUCAGAACCUGUUUCAAUGGACUUAAUGCUCUUUCAGGAGUUGGGAUAUUAUCAAUCACAUAUGCACUGGCAUCAGGAGGAUGGUUGAGCUUGAUACUUCUCUUUGCCAUAGCCACUGCAGCAUUCUACUCGGGUUUGUUAAUUCAAAGAUGUAUGGAUGCAGAUUCAAGUAUCAGAACUUAUCCUGACAUAGGCGAGCGUGCAUUUGGGAAUAAGGGGAGACUAAUAGUAUCAGUUUUCAUGUACGUCGAGCUCUACUUAGUCGCGACAGGAUUUUUGAUUCUAGAAGGAGAUAACUUGCAAAAUUUGAUACCGAACGUGGAAUUUGAAGUAGCAGGACUAACAAUUGGUGGCAAACAAGGCUUUACUAUAAUUGUAGCCCUCAUAAUUUUGCCUACUGUUUGGUUGGAUAACUUGAGCCUUCUUUCUUAUGUCUCUGCCAGUGGGGUUGUAGCUUCUGCAAUCAUCCUUGGUUCAAUUAUCUGGACUGGUGCGUUUGAUGGAAUUGGGUUUCAACAAAAGGGAACACUGAUAAAUUGGGAUGGAAUCCCAACUGCUGUUAGCUUAUAUGCCUUCUGUUAUUGUGCACAUCCAGUCUUCCCGACCCUUUACACUUCAAUGAAAAAAAGGCAUCAGUUCUCCAAUGUGCUGGUUGUAUGCUUUGUCUUGUGUACCAUCAGCUAUGCAUCCAUGGCAAUUUUUGGGUACUUAAUGUUCGGAUCAGAUGUGCAAUCACAGAUAACUUUGAACCUUCCAACUCACAAGCUCAGCUCAAGAGUGGCAAUAUACACCACCCUGGUUAAUCCCAUAAGCAAAUAUGCGUUGAUGGUUACACCAAUUGUCAAUGCCGCUAAAACCUGGUUCCCAUACCAGUACAACAAGCGAUUCCUCAGCCUCUUUGCUGGUACCACCCUGGUGACUAGCACUGUUACGGUGGCUCUGGCAGUUCCAUUUUUCGGUUCCCUCAUGUCUCUGGUUGGAGCUUUUUUAAGCUUCACAGCUUCAGUCAUACUACCAUGCUUAUGCUACUUGAAGAUAUCAGGUACUUACCAGAGAUUCAAUGGAGAAACGGUUGGCAUAGGCCUAGUAAUUUUAAUGGGUUUUGCUGUGGUUAUAUUUGGUACUUACACAUCUCUUAUAGACAUAAUAGGCAAUUUAUAAAUGCCACGGUUUGUAUGAGCUUAUUUUGCUAUAAUGUAAUGUAUUCUUGAGUUAUUUGGAGUGUUCUCUAAAUUCAGACAAAAGUUUUCUGUAAUGUAUUCUUGAGUUAUUUGGAGUGUUCUCUAAAUUCAGACAAAAGUUUUCUUCAUCUCGAUUCUGGAAUCUGUUCCAUGC